GGACGAUAUGAUUCACAAGAUGCUUGUCACCUGUAAGUAGAAAGAAAAAAUAAAAGUAGAACUACAGGUACAAGAUAUUAUGAUAUAUAGGGGGUACGGGUAGAAGGCGUAGGUCACGCUCACAACAACGUAAAACUUUGCUCGGGCUGACACUUAUCAAAUAAAAUUUUGAUAAAGACGAGGAUUCACUAGACUUCUACUACGAUAGGUUUUCGUACUCAUCCUCCAAGAACUCCUCUAAAGUCAGACUCAGUAGAACCUGAAAAACAUCACGACCAUGCCACGCGACGUAGCCUGUGACAUCUGUGGUGGGCGCUUUUUCCCCAGCUCACUGCCAUUUCAUCGUAAAGCCUGCGCUAAAACCUUUAUGGAGCGAAGCGCUGCUGGGCAUUUUGAUCGGCCUGCUCUAACGGGUAUGGAGUUCGGAGAGCAGCAGGAAAAUAUUGCUCCAGGAGGUGUUCGUGGAGGAGGCUCAACAUUUGCGAAUAAAAGUACAAGUAGGAGUAGCGCGGCUAGCAGACCUGUUGUUCAACCAGGUUCAGCUGGUGGUGGAAGAGCAAAUCAUUCGAAUUCUGCACGACAGUAUGAGGAGUUGUCAAAUAGUUUUCGUUCCGGAUAUGCCAAUCAUGGAGGUGGCCGCUCCUCUGCAUCUUCAUCCUCAUCAAGAGCAGAGGGAGGACCUUCCACCUCUCGGAAAUUUAUCGAUGCACAACAGCCGCAGCCGACGUCAAUGAUGUACAAGAUGAACGCAGCAAUGGGUAUGGGAGGUAGUGGACCAGAACAAGCACAACUUGGGGGUCUGGUACCUUGUCGUGUAUGCGGAAGAACAUUUGCACCGGAUCGAAUAGGCAAGCAUGAGCAGAUUUGUGCAAAGACGUCGAAGAAAAAGAGAAGGGUACCUACCGUAGGUAAAGACUGCAGUACGUAGUUGUGACUAGUAUGAUCUAUUCCAGGUAGUAGGGAACUUCUGCUAGAAGGAGCGCAACUUUUUCGUUCAUAACAUCUACGUACGGCCGCUAGCGUUAGUUGAAAUAUGCAGUAUUAAAGGUAUCUCAACAAACUCGAUCUACUUUUCCAGGUUUACAAUACUGCAGCUCAUCGUGUAGCAACGGAUGGAACAGAUAUUGGUUCUGGGUUUGGCUUUGGCAUGCCACCGCCAAUACGAAAAAAAGGCAGACAACCUACUUCAGGCUCCGCUUCAGCUUCUACCUCAAGAUGUUCAAGAUCUGAGCCUCUAGUGCGAUCGGAUUGGCGUGCGAAGUCUCUUGCAUUUCGCCAAGCUAUAAGGAAUGCAAGACAACUAGGCCCCAUGCAUGGGGGAGGGAGUAGCAUGAUGGGAGGUGGGGGUAUCAUGGGUGGUGGAAGUAGGAAUAUGAUGGGUCGUGGAGCAAGUAGUGGUAGUAGAGGGGGUGGAACGUUCGGGGGGCGAGGUGGUCCAGGACCAGGAAUUCAACAGACGCGAUCACGAGGUUCGAUGCCAGCACGUGGACAAGGCUUUCAGCACCAGGAAAGGCCGCUCGGAUCUUCUUCGUCCUCAUCUUCUCAGGUCAACAAGAGGAACAGUAGAGGAGACGCUAGAAGAUUUACGUCUGGAGUUGGAUCGUCAAGUAGGAGUGGAGCUGCAGUAAGAAGAGAUGGUGGUCCACCAACGUCAGGAGGACGCAGAGCUACUGACUUAGCAGGAGGUUCCACGACCAGGCGUACAACGCGAGCAAAUUAUCCUCCGAGUGGGGGUGGCGGAUUUGGUGAUCCACCUCCAGCAUGGGGCCGCCAAAUGGCAGGUGGUUUUGGGGGUGGUGGAGGCAUGAAUCUGCUUAACAGUAACAAAACGUCAGCUGAUAAUCCCAUGGUAAUGGGAGUGAGGUGAGAUGAUUGACAUGCUGAUACACAUGCAGCGGUGACCAUUACUUAUGUUGUACAACUACUGCAAUAAAGUUAAUUAAAAGCUGCACGUGAACUAGAACUAGAACUACAUCUUAGAUGGACAACUACAACUAGAACUACCUUAUCGGCGCUGCAAAGAUGGAUUAAGAAGUGCUAAUUAGAUCGUAACGAUUUCACCAACUAACGAUAAUUUCUUGUGUUACCUACGAAACCUAUGUUGUGGUCUCUAUGCACCACGACCACACUUUUUACCUUGUUCUCCCACCUGUCGUGGUGCAUUGCUUGGCUGGAAGAUAACUGUGAUUUCUAUCUGUCUUGAAAACCACUACAGUUCGCUCUGACUACAAUCUGCUGUCCUGAG